UCAGCCAUCCCAAUUGACUUCCUAAAACAGAAAACAUAGGGGUCAGUCCAGUGAGUGCAUUCAUAAUGAAACCAAUCACUGAUUGGCUGAAGUUAUAGUUGCUCGUGCGCACUGCUUUGGUGAGGGAGACGGAGGUCAUAGGAGAGUCGUUGGGGGGACAGAGAUUUCUAGCGGCAUUGGGGCUUUGAGGGAGAAUGCUGCGCAGGACCGUCUCCUUCCCCAUUGAGGCGGGGCGGCUGCAGCAGCUGGGUCUAUUGGAUUGUGCCUCCCAUGGUGUGACAUCAUGCUCGGUGCUCGACCUCCCGUCUCUCCACCGAGGUCACCGGGGUUCACGACAACGGGGGGAUGAGUGGCAGGGCCGGUACCAGGGGCCUGCUGAGGCUGGCCAAUGGGAGGAUGAGCGGCAGGGCCGGUACCAGGGGCCUGCCGAGGCUGGCCAAUGGGAGGAUGAGCGGCAGGGCCGGUACCGUGGUCCUGCCGAGGCUGGCCAAUGGGAGGAUGACGGUGGGUUAGUGGUCACACCCUCUUCUAAUGGUAGCACCAGGGGACCCAGAUGGAGGGAUUUGUAUACCAGCUCAGACCAGCUAAGGUCAGACUCAGUGGAAGAUGAUGUCUAUGAUUAUGAAGAGGGGAAUGAUGAGUCGGUCAGGCUGUACGUGUCAGAGGAAGAGAGGAUCCUCAACUCUGCAGACCUGAGUUCAGAGGAGAGGCGUGAUGUUCUAGCAGAGUUGGUGUAUUCCCGAAGCAGACUGAAGCAAUUGAACUCAGAGCUGCAGAGAACAGUAGAGGUAGCCGAUGACAACAACACACUGCUACGCACCGAGAACACUGCCCUGCGCAACCAAGUCAAAGGGAUGAAGCAGUCGAUCCAUGAUGCAGAGCAGCUGAUGGACGAGCUGGAGGAGAUCCGGAGCCUAUUGGUUGAGAAAGACGAUGCUACGGGCAAUCUGGAGGCCUACAUCAAACAACUGGAGAAAGAGAAGGAGAUUUUGGAGGACCAGAUCGAAACCAUCGGCAGUGAGAUGUCCCGUAUUAUACCAGACAGAGCCACUGACAAGAAGAAGAUCGUUAACCUCAGCCAGGCUCUACAAGCCUUACAGCUUCGACUCGAGGAGAGCAGACUCGCUUUGGAUCACAGGGAUGAGGUCCUACGUAAGAAGGACUUUGUAGUUGAGCAGCUGGGGCAGUCCCUUACAGAGUACUCCUCCAUUGCACAGGAUCUGAAGGAGAAGAUGAAGGAUCUGCAGAGCCAACUGGCAGAGGCCCUAAUUAAUGGAGGAGAGGGGGGUUACAUGGCGUUAGAUGGAACUCUGUCUGCAGCCACUCAGCGCUCCAUCUCUCUAGCAGAGGAACUGGGUCUACUGCCAUGCAUGAUGGAGGACUCCUCAGAUGAGAUGCAGAGGGAGGAGAAGAUAGAGGAGGAGCAGAGAGUGGAGGAGAGGGUAGAAAGACAGGCGGAUGAGAAGAAAGAGGAGGUGGUUAAGGAGGAGAAACAGAUGCUAGAGGAGAAGAGUGGUGUGUGGUCAGAUAUGGUGAGAGGUGUCCGAGCAGCAGGAGGUUUCACCCUGGGUUUCCUGGUUCCUCUGGGUGUCCUGGUCUCCAUGGUCCCCGGCUGCUACGACCACUGUACAGGACUCGGCUUCACCAACACUUUCUGGUCUACAGCCAGAUACCUCAUACAGCCAUACUGCAAUGUGCACCACAUAGGCCUCCCCCCGCUGUAAUACACACCAGAGGGAGCUGGUAGGGGGAGCUAUAGGAGGCUUAUUGUAAUGGCUGGAAUGGAAUUAUUAUCUACUUAUCAACCUAUACGCAUAUCUACCUACAUAACUACGAACAUUCACACACACACACUUAAACAUGAAUACACACACACACAAUAAUACAACUCAAACCCUGAUAAUCAACCCUUCCAGGCUGCUAUGCUGCUGUCAACUAGGUGAAAGGUGAAAUAAAACUAAAUAAACUGGAAUACGGCAUCAUACAUGGACAACUAGUUGUAUUUUAAAUGGAAAAGGUAGAGAAGAUUUUACAAUGUGUAUUUGUUUAUUUGUUAUGCACAUUUUAAAUGGACAUUUUGAAGGUUGGA